GCAUCUCUGGUCUGUCAGGUCUUACAAGGGCAUUUCAACUGUAUAAUGGUAGCAAAACUAAUUUCCAAUUUUACUCGUUUGCUUACACAUCUGCAUCUAAUUCGACAACAGUUACAUUUGCUUUACGUCAUGAUCCUGGCUACUGGUCAAUAGAUGAUGUGUCAGUUGUCCCGUACGGUGGUGGACCAGAACAGUUAUUGAACACCGGAUUUGAAACAGGUGAUUUAUCUUAUUGGACAUAUUGUAACCCGAAAAAUGCUACCGAUAGUGGUACAGUAUUAUACAGUUCAACCACUUCAGCAUAUUAUCCAUAUUAUGCUCAUAACGGAUAUUACUUUUACCAAGAUGGCUCUAUUGGAUAUGAAGAUUAUCUGAGUCAAACAUUUUUAACUACACCUAAAAUGGAAUACUAUAUAAGCUUUUAUUUAGCAAACAGUGGGACAGGUGGUUCCACAAUUCCAUUCUAUAAUGAUGCCUUUGUGUACAUGAGUUCAUAG